AUGUCGCUUCGACUGGAGUCCAUACGAGUGUACCGCGAACUUUAUCGCGCUGCGUCACGGUCGGCACGGGAAUGCGCGCUGUACAACAGUUCAGGUUUACUUGACUACGUCUCUCGGCGUUUUGGACAGGAGGCAGAGACGCAGAAUCGCCAGCUCGCAAAUGCUCUGCGAACUUUGGAGCGAGGCACCGGCGAUCAGGGGUCGAAAAGGCGGAGCGGUGCGGCAGAUGGCCGCGCCCAAGCAAAGUUACUACAGCAGUAUCAAAUGUACAUCUCCAUGCAAAUCGAUCGUGCUCGCGCCCUUGCGAAGGCUCUCUACAUGGCGCCGGGCAAUGUCCAACUGACAUCAGUGCUUCAGGUUCUCUCCGCUGGUGUUGGGAACCGGUCGUAUCAGCAAAUGAUGGAGUCUAGCAUUCUCUCGUUUCUUGAGCACGAAGCUAAGAAAGUUUCUCACAACGAAGCUGCAGAGGACAUGACUAGCGAGCGUCAAAAUCGGAUUAUGCUGCAGGCGCUCUUGCCGUAUGCGGAGCGACUGCUACUUGUUCAUCGUACAGCUGUGGGUGAGCAAAAUCGGGUGAGCUCACUGAUUUAUCUGACGCCUUGGCAAGUGACAGAGUCUAUAAUUGGCAGUCGAAGUGGUGUAUCUGCCGUGCAUCUUCGCGUCGGUCGUGAUCACUUAGUGGUCGAAGUGGACGAGACUUACAACAAACAAGUGGUGUACAUUUGCUGCACCCAGCAGGAUGGGGGCGACUCGGGCAGCUACGAGUGGGCGCAGGAGGUAGAACGUGUAGAGAUAAGCGAAAGUGAGGAGGUUCAAAAGACGAUGUUUCACAGCCAGUACCUAUUUAUGGCAACUCGCAUUUGUGACACUCUUCUUCACGACUCUCCCCUGCACCCUACGCGCAGCACUGUUGUGAUUGGCCACGCUGUUGGCGGGGCGGUAGGCUUGGUGCUGUCACUUUUGCUCACUCAACGGGGAUUCGAGGUGUCGAAUACGAUUUCUCUCGGCGCACCAAAAUCGUUGCAGGGGACGCUGGAGCGCUACGUUGCAGCGAUUAAUCCGAUUCGGGUAGUACUAGCGGGCGACCCGCUAGUGGAGCUUCCUAUCACGGGUGCCGAAGGGGCACCAUUUGUCCACAUCGGCGAAAUUCUUCUUUUGUCGCCAGCGAAUUCGUCAAGCGAUACCUUAGCUGCAGCAGAUACGUCUGGAUGCGAGAGUGACGACAAUGUUGUGUCUGACGCGCCAUCCUCCCCGAGGGUAGACAGUUUUACCGCUGAGUCUCUUAGUGUUGUGAUGGCGGACUCUGAUGGCAUGCCUUGUGCAAAUGGAAGUGCUGAUGUCCCUUCCGCAGCUGCAUCUGUUUCUUUCAGCAAGGCAGACGAGGCUCUCGCUGAGGGAGAGAGCAGUGAAGAAGAAGAAAUGACCGAGAUACUGCGUGUUGCUGCGCAGCGAUACCACGAUCACUUUUUGGUGGAGCAUUAUGUGCGGCAUUUGAAAGACCCGUCGGUGGUGCUGACGUACGCUGAGGGGGAUGAGGUGUGGGAUGAGGGAGACUACGAAGACCUAAAACGGAAGAGUGCUCGCGAACUCUCAGUGACUUUGGAGGAGCGUCGCAUUCGCGAUCUUCGCGGGCCACUGUGA